GUGCUGCAGUGGGUUGUCGGCAUCAACGAGGAUGCCAUCUAUGGGGAUUGUACCGACGACACCUAUGACGUCCAUGUGUACUUCCGCUGUCUCACAGGCGAGGACGGCAGACGAUGCAGCCACUUUGAUCUUCUUCUCCCGUAUUCCGAAGGCGAUGAGCAGAUCGGAAUGGUGAUCCCCGUGCCGCCUACAGUGAAGCCCGCCCCUGUUUGUGAAAUGUACAAUGAUCGCUUUCCUGGCCAGCAGAUGGAACCGAUGAACGACAAGCCUGAGGAGCAGAAUCAGGAGAACGUUUUGCAGGGGGAUGAAGUUGAGACGAUGGCCCCGCAGAUCACGGAGGAGCAGAAGGACAAACAGGCCGAGUCCCAGGAGCAGAGAGGGGAGCAGAUAAAGGAGGGAACGGCCAACAGCGAGUCCCCGGAACAGGGCGAGGAGCCGCCGAUGCCUGCGGAGACCCCGAAGCUACUGACGGAGAAUCGCCAGGAUGAGAAUGCAGAGAAAAAGGAGGAGGACACUGAGACCAAAGGUGAGGCCAAGAACGAGCUCCCGCAGCAGAGGCAGAAUCAGCAGGUGGACAUCCCAGACAAGAAUAAGGAUGAGGCAGGUGAGACCAGUCAUCAGGGGCUUGAACAGCAGCAAGAGCAGGCUGACAAGCAGUUGCAUGAUGAGCAGAGGGAAGUUGAGGAACUGGAGGAAGAGGACAAGGGCGAGGGAGGGGAGGAGCAUCAGGAAAGCAACAAAGAGGAGCAGCGGCAGGAAAACAACCAGGGGCUGCAAGAAAAGAGUCAGGGAGGGAAGGAGCAGGAGCAGGAACUCAGUGAGGAAGCGGAGGCAGAUGAAAAAGGCGAGGGCGAGGAGAAGGAGCAGGAAGUUGAUGCUGAACAGGAGGAAGAUGAUGAGGGCGAAGGAGAGGAGGAGGAGGAGGAGGAGGAGGAUGAGGAGGAGCAGGAGAAGGAGGAGGAGGAGGAGGAGGAGGAGGAGGAGGAUGAGAAGGAGGAGGAGGAGGAGGAGCAGGAAGAUGACGAAGGUGAACAAGCAGAGGAGGAGGAGGUGCACGAAGUCGAUCCGGAAGUGGAGCCAGAUGAGGAGUCGAGACCUGCCAACAUGGAGACCAUGCUUUCCAUUGGCAAAAUGGAGAUCCUUCAGAGCAUCUUCCAGGGAGAGAAAACGUUGGAGAUCCGCAACCGGCAACUACGGCCUGGCCGCACCUGGGUGUGUCUCAAGGACCGAGUCUACGGCACCGUGGAUGUGGGCAAGCCCUUCCGCAUCUCUGACCCGAAGUUAUGGAAAGCCAGGAAAGCUGACCACUGCGUGCAGAGCAACGUGCCAAUGUACGGAGAGAAGACGUGGGCCAACCCCGUGUCCAACCCUCGUAAGCUCCCAAAGCCUCUUGCCUUUUAUCGCAAACACGGGGCCAUCGGCUCUGUCAAGUACAGGCCAGCGGAGGGAGCCAAGAACAAGAAGGAAGACAAGAAGGGUGAGGAGACGAACGAGGAAGGUGACCAGUCUCAAAGCACCACUUCGGCGUCCGCUCCCAAGAAGUAUGCCGUGGCCACUCUGUCCCGCACCCUCAUGGACAGAGUGCGGGAGGCAGCCAAUCAGAAGCUGAAGAGCUUCGAGCUCCUCACCACCAGCAGAUACACUGCUGGUGGUGAGAUGCUUCUGGUGCAGACCAAGACGGAUAACAAGGUGGCUAUCCAGGCCUCGCUUGUGCAGCACAGGCGGCUGACGACCACCUGGGAGCUCACCAAGGCUGCUGCCUACAAGCAGGCCACGGCACCCGAACAGACGGCGUGGAAAGCCAGGUUGCACCAACACCUGGCCGUCUACAGCUGUCGGCUCAGCAACCUCCGAGCCCCGUCGACAAAUAUACGACUUCGGGGCGGCCACGGCUGCAGGAGGACGGUGGCCGUGGAAUCCGAUGUCGUGGAGGAGGAAGCCACUCCGAAGGCAGAGAUCCCCGCUCUCAGCCUCCGGGACACAGCUCGCUACUUUUUGCAGCGUCUGUCGGAGGCAGAUCGAGGGAAGCUGAGCGCUAACGUCAAAGGGCUGAAUGGCUGCGAAAUCAAGCUGGGCAGCACUUGCUCAGGGACAGAUGUGUGCACGAACGUGUUCAAGCACACGCUGCAGUUCCUGGCCGAGCAACACCAGGUCUCCAUCAGCGUCAAACAUGUGCUGGCAGUGGAGCUGGAUAAAGGCAAGCGCGAUUUUCUGAUGCGCGCACACAAGCCCACCUUCUGCCUUUUCGAAACGGUGGACAUGUUCGCCAAGGGCAAGACUGCAUUCUGCCACACGUGCCGGCGAGUACACGAGGCGCCUGACGUCGACGUUCUUGUGGUCGGCUCCAGCUGCAAGUCCAUUUCAAGGAUGAACAACUCGCGGACAGACUACCAGGAUUGCUACCAGAAAGGCAAGGGCUGUUCUGGGAGCACGUACCAGAAUGGUGUCCUGCAAGCGAGCAAAGAGUUGGCUCCAGCCCUUCUCUUCUUUGAGCAAGUCGUAGGCAUUUUGGAUUCGCCGGUGCAGAAGAACGGCAAGAGAAAGACUCCUUUGGUCCAGGCCGGUCGGGGAACAUGA